UGAGAUGGCUAGUUCUUCAUCUUCGUCCUCCUCGGAGGUUUUGAUUCAAACCCUAAUUAACCGAGGAUGGUGUUUUCGAGAAAUCAAUCAAAUCAAGUCGCUAAUCGAAACGAAGUUUAAUGGAAGCUCUAGCACCGUUCGUUCUGUUGAGUCGGAGCUCUGUAACAUGGACUUACGAGCAAUCGGAGGGAAAUCUUUGCCUGACAUUUCCACCCUCCGAAAAUGCACUCUCUUAGAUGGCCUUAAAGUUCUCCAGAUAGCUUCUGCGAGGGAUAUAAGUAAAAGUACUAUAGCUGAAAGUUCAGGGAGUUCAAAUGGUAAACGGCUAUUGAAAUUGAAGCUUAUUGAUGGACAUUCAGAAAUUACUGCUAUAGAGUUCACUCAUAUUCCCUCGAUUCCUGAUAACGUUGUUCCAGGCACCAAGAUCCGAUUGGAAAAUAAAGUUGUAAUGCAUAGUGGUAUUUUAUGCUUGAAUGCAAAGGCAAUAACUGUUAUUGGGGGUAUUGUUCCAUCAUUAUAUGAAGAGUGGGAGAUGAACCAAAAGUAUGCAGGCUUUACCCGAUCAACCUUAAAGUUGUCACAUACUGAUGACACUGGUGGCCCACCACCUUUUCAGAAGUUGCAGGCUGGAGUACCUUCACGUCCCAUCAAUCAACAAAUUAGACCUUCUGAUAACUUAAAGGAAACAUCUAAAGCUUCUGGACCUACUGUUAUUGAAAAGGGUAUAAAAGGGAAUGAGAAUGUGAAAUCUGGUUCUCUUUCUGAGAAAUCCACACAAAACCAACCUUCUAAUGAAGCAAGACCAAAAGAAGUUGCCGAAGUUGCCCCUGUACAAAACCAAGCUGCUGCACAAAAGCUUCUCCAGAAAAUGAGUAAUUCCACCCGCAAUGAAGGGCAUUCUAGGGGGUGGAAACAAAGAGGGAGGGGUAAGGAAGAGGAGGAGGAAUCUUCUGUUUUAACUCUAGAUGAAUGGGAGAGAAAAAGAGCUGGUGGGAGUUCUUCAUCAAGACAAGAAAACCCUAAUUUUAAUCAAGAUGAGGAUCUUGCACGCCAACUUCAAAACCAAUUUGAUUUAGAAGAUAGGAGUGGUCAUGUGACAAAAGCAGAUGAUAUCAGAAUGAGCAUGUUUAGUUUUGAAAGAGAUGAUGAUGGUGGUGGUGGUUAUGGUGGUGGUGGUAGGGGAGAAUUUAGAGGAAGGGGAAGGGGAAGAGGAAGAGGGAGGGGACGUGGUAGAGUUGGGUGA